AUGGAAGUAAAGCAAGAAAUUUUAACCCCAAUGAAAGUUGAAAAAACUAAUGGAAAUGUUCCAACUCCUCCUCCAACAACAACAACUACUACAGUUAUGGAUGAUGAUCUUUUUGACGAUGAAGCAUCACCACCACAACCAAAUAAAAAAUUAAAAGCUGAGAAUGGUUCAAUUAAAAAACUAACACCAACACCAAAACCAGCACCAGUUACACCAAAACCAACAGCAGCUGUAAAUGGAAAGAAACCAAUCCCAAAAAAGAAACCAGUCGAUAGUAGUAGUGAUUCAGAUAGUUCAGAUAGUAGUAGUGAUAGUGAUUCAGAUAGUAGCGAUAGUGAUUCAGAUAGCAGCAGUUCAGAUAGUAGUAGCAGUGAUUCAGAUGUACCAAAAAAGAAACCAAUAUCAAAAAUACCAAAUAAACCAAGUGGUACUGUAUCAAAAACCUCAAAAAAUUCACCAAAAACCACAACCACUACCACAACCACCACUACAACAGUUAAAUCAAAACCAGCACCAAAAGUAAAGCCAGAACAAAGUAGUAGUGACGAUAGUAGUUCAGAUAGUAGUGACGAUAGUAGUGACGAUAGUAGUUCAGAUAGUAGUUCAGAGGAAGAGAAACCAAAAAAGAAACCAUCAAAGAAACCAGCAGCAGUUAAAAAAGAGAUAACAGUAAAGAAAGAAACAACAACUACCACUAAAAAAACACCAGUUAAAAAAGAGGUAGAAGUAAAGAAAGAAACUAAAACCACCACCACUAAAAAAGUUAAAAAGGAAGAAUCAGACGACGAUGGUGAAGAUGAAAAAACCACUACUAAAAAGAAAACCACAACAAGAAAGAGAAAAUUAAAGGAAGAGGAAGAAGGUGAAGAGGAAGAAGAGGAAGGCGUUAAUAAAUGGUGGGAUAAAGAAGAUGAUGAGGAUGAUGGUACCAAAUGGACGACAUUAAUACACAAUGGACCAGUAUUCCCACCAGCCUAUGUACCACAUGGUAUUAAAUUCAUGUAUGAUGGUAAAGUGGUUAAACUCACACCAAAACAAGAGGAAGUUGCAACUUUCUAUGCCAAUUACCUCGAGACAGAUCACGUUAAAAAACAAGCAUUCAAAGAUAACUUUUUCAAAGAGUUCAAGGGGUUACUUACAUCAGAGCAAAAGGAGAUCGUAAAGAAGAUGGAUAAAUGUGAUUUCUCUCAUAUUCACACUCACUUAAAGACCAAAAAAGAACAAAGAAAAGCAAGAUCCAAAGAGGAGAAGGAUGCCGAAACAGCCGAGAAGAAAAAGAUUCAAGAGAAACAUGGUUUCGCCACUAUCGAUGGUUUUAAGGAAAAGGUUGGUAAUUAUAUGAUUGAACCACCAGGUCUAUUUUUAGGUCGUGGUCAACAUCCAAAGACUGGUAUGUUGAAACAACGUAUUAUGCCAUCCGAUGUAACUUUGAAUAUUGGUGAAGGUGAAGUCAUUCCACCAUCACCAAUUCCAGGUGAAAAAUGGAAAGAAAUCGUUCACAACAAUACUGUGACUUGGUUAGCAUUUUGGCGUGAAAGUGUUAAUGGUGGUUUCAAAUAUGUUUGGUUAGCACCAUCCUCAAAGAUCAAGGGUCAAGCCGAUAGAAAGAAAUUUGAAGUUGCCAGAGGUCUCAAGAAUUGUAUUGGUGAUAUUAGAAAAGGUUAUCAAAAGUCAUUCAAUGAUGAAAGCACUGAAAAACGUCAAUUGGCCGUUGCUCUCUAUUUAAUUGAUUUCUUGGCACUUCGUGUUGGUAAUGAAAAGGGUGAAGAUCAAGCCGAUACAGUAGGUUGUUGUUCAUUAAGAGUUGAACAUAUUAAAUUGGAAUCAAAUAAUACCAUCACAUUGGAUUUCUUGGGUAAAGAUUCUAUGAGAUAUUUAAAUACAGUUCAAAUUAGAGAGGAUGCCUACAAAGUUCUCAAAACCUUUGUCAAAGGUAAGAAACCUACCGAUCUCUUAUUCGAUAGUUUAACAGUCACUCAAUUGAAUAAUCAUCUCAAGAAACAAAUGACAGGUUUAUCUGCUAAAGUAUUCCGUACCUACAAUGCAUCGAUCACUCUUCAAAAAGAAUUGGAUAAAAUGGAUACAAAGGAAUUCCAAAGUAUCGAUGAAAAGAUCCUAUUUUACAAUCGUUGUAAUCGUGAGGUUGCCAUCCUUUGUAACCAUCAAAAGGCACCACCAAAGAAUUUAGCUGAAACCAUGUCAAAGAUUGAUGAAAAGAUUCAAGAACUUCGUGAUCUUCAAGAUCUAUGUAGAAUCAAAAUUGGUAAAACUCCAAAAUCUCAACAAGAAGAUAUCGAGAGUCGUGAAGCAGAACGUUUACCAAAAUUAAUUCAAUUGGCAAUCACCAAUAAAAAAGAUAAAGAUAAGGAAAAGACCGAUAAAGAAAUCUCUUUCGAUGUUAAAGCCGCCUUUGAAAAAUCACGUACCUUGCCUGAUGCCAAAGGGAAAAUCAAAGAGAAAAUCGCAAAAUAUGAAGAACAAAUCAAAAAACAAGAAAUUUUAAAGACUGGAAAAGAUGAAUUAAAAACUGUUGCACUUGGUACAAGUAAAAUCAAUUAUCUUGAUCCACGUAUUACCGUUGCUUGGUGUAAAAAGAAUAAAGUACCUGUUGAUAAAAUUUUCACUAAAUCUUUAAGAGAUAAGUUCCCUUGGAGUGAUGUUGGUACUGAUUAUAUUUUUUAA